AUGUGGGUUAAAAAUAUGCCUUUUAGUACGUUCUACUAUGGGAAAUUGAAAGACGUGCACCCGAUGGCAUGUGCCCUGCAAAACACAGCUUGUGCAGCUGAAAAUGAGCUCAAAGGUCCUUGUUUAGAGCAAAUUACCACCAAUGGGAAAACUGCAGGAGGUGAUAAGGCCAUUGCCCAGACUUCCACCACCAUGCCCCCCACCAUCCCUGCCACGACAGAGGCCUACACACGGACUCAGUACUGUAAGUGGCCAUGCGAGUGUCCGAGGUCCCCACCUCGGUGCUCGGUAGGUGUCAGCCUGGUCACAGAUGGCUGCGACUGCUGCAAGACCUGUGCCAAGCAGCGUGGAGAAAGUUGCACUGAGGCCGACACCUGUGAUUUCCACAGGGGCUUGUACUGUGACUACAGCGGAGACAGACCUAGGUACGAAAUAGGAGUAUGUGCACAGACUGUUGGUGUAGGAUGUGUCCUCAAUGGAGUCAGGUAUAGCAAUGGGGACACAUUUCAACCCAACUGCAAAUACAACUGCACAUGCAUUAACGGGGCUGUGGGCUGUAUUCCCAUGUGCACAAACUCACGUCCUCCCCUUGUCUGGUGCCCAAACCCAAAGCUGAUUAAGAUGGCAGGGAAGUGCUGUGAGCAGUGGAUUUGUGAUGACUCCAAGAAAAUCAGGAAGACAUCUCCACGCCACAUCUCCUCUGCAGCGUAUGAGGGAGAGGAUGAAGCCUGGCAGAAGAACUGCAUUGUUCACACCUCAUCCUGGAGUCCCUGCUCAAAGACCUGUGGGCUAGGGAUCUCCACCAGGAUUUCCAAUGACAACGACCAGUGCCGGCUCCUGAAGGAAAGCCGCCUGUGCAACAUGCGCCCCUGCGAGGUGGAUAUAACCAAGCACAUUAAGCCUGGGAAGAAGUGCUUGGCUGUCUACAGGGCCAAUGAAACAAUGAACUACACCAUCUCAGGAUGUGUGAGUAAAAGUCCUUAUAGACCUAAAUAUUGUGGUGUCUGCACAGACAACAGGUGCUGCACACCAUACAAGUCCAAGACUAUUGAAGUGAGAUUUCAGUGCCCAGAUGGAACGGAGUUUUCCUGGAAAAUCAUGUGGAUCAAUGCUUGUUUUUGCAACCUGAGCUGCAAGAACCCCAAUGACAUCUUUGCUGACUUGGCUCAUUACCAUGAUUACUCUGAAAUCGCUAAUUAG